AAUGAAGACCAUUCUCAGCAGUCAGACUGUCGACAUCCCCGACAAAGUCGAGGUGAGGUUGAAGGGGCGGACAGUGAUAGUCAAGGGACCCCGAGGCAAACUGACCAGAGAGUUCAACCACAUCAACCUGGAGCUCUGUCUGCUCGGCAAGAAACAGAAGAAGCUUCGUGUGGAUAAAUGGUGGGGAAACAGGAAGGAGCUGGCUACAGUCCGCACCAUCUGCAGCCACGUCCAGAACAUGAUCAAGGGAGUCACUUUGGGUUUCAGGUAUAAAAUGCGUUCAGUGUACGCCCAUUUCCCCAUCAACGUCGUCAUCCAGGAGAGUGGCACUCUGGUUGAGAUCAGAAACUUCCUGGGAGAGAAGUACAUUCGCCGUGUCCGAAUGAGAGCUGGUGUGGUCUGUUCAACAUCACCUGCCCAGAAGGACGAGCUGGUGCUUGAGGGCAACAACAUUGAGCUGGUGUCGAACUCGGCUGCUCUGAUCCAGCAGGCCACCACAGUCAAAAACAAGGAUAUCAGAAAGUUUUUGGAUGGUAUUUACGUGUCUGAGAAGGGAACAGUAGUGGAUGCGGGACACUAAAAGUGUCAUCUGCAGUCAGAGCGGCCUCAAUCCAGCAGGCCACCACGGUCAGAAAGAGACAUCAGGAAAUUCCUGGACGAUAUCUACAUUAGUCAACAGUCAACUGGUGGAGCCGGAUUCUGAAUAAAUAUGUUCACUCUUCUCUUAUGACCAAUAAACUACCAACUUUUCCAAUUAA